GGCGGCACUUGGGCUGCAGCUCUCAACCCAAGGCAGUCAGUCUCUCUCUGCGCUCAGAAAGACCAAGAGGCAGCGACGGAGUAGGAUGCUCUGCGGGGCGCCCUGAGCCAGGGGCUACUGAAGCAGCUUCGGGGACUUGGGGGAACUGGACCGCUUUCACCAUGCAUCAGUCCCUGACUCAGCAACGGUCCAGCGACAUGUCCCUGCCCGAUUCUAUGGGGGCCUUCAAUAGGAGGAAGCGGAACUCCAUCUAUGUCACAGUGACUUUGCUUAUUGUGUCCAUGCUAAUUCUCACGGUGGGCCUCGCUGCAACUACCAGGACCCAGAAUGUGACCGUGGGAGGUUACUACCCAGGAGUUAUUCUUGGCUUUGGAUCAUUCCUUGGAAUCAUCGGAUCAAACCUUAUUGAGAACAAGCGGCAGAUGCUGGUGGCUUCUAUCGUGUUUAUCAGCUUUGGUGUGAUUGCGGCUUUUUGUUGUGCCAUAGUUGAUGGGGUCUUUGCUGCCAGACACAUUGAUUUGAAACCACUCUAUGCUAACCGGUGCCACUAUGUUCCCAAGACAUCCCAGAGGGAAGCUGAGGAGGUCAUAACUACCUCAAGCAAAAUUUCUCCUUCUACGAGGGCUUUGAGGAACCUUACCCAGGCAGUUAAAGAGGUGAACUGCCCUCAGCUUAGCCGUGGACUCUGCACACCUCGAAUCCGGGGCAACACCUGCUUCUGCUGUGACCUCUACAACUGUGGCAAUAGGGUGGAAAUCACUGGCGGGUACUAUGAAUACAUUGAUGUCAGCAGCUGCCAGGACAUCAUCCACCUGUACCACCUACUCUGGUCUGCCACCAUCCUUAACAUCGUUGGCCUGUUCCUGGGUAUCAUCACUGCUGCAGUCCUCGGAGGAUUUAAGGAUAUGAACCCUACACGCCCGGCACUGAACUGCUCUGUUGAAAAUGCCCAUCCAACCGUUUCUUACUAUGCUCGUCCCCAAGUGGCAUCAUACAAUACCUACUACAAUAGCCCUCCUCAUCUUCCACCUUAUUCUGCUUAUGACUUUCAGCAUUCCGGUGUCUUUCCAUCCUCCCCUCCCUCUGGACUCUCUGAUGAGCAGGAGCCCCAGUCUGCCUCUCCUUCACCCAGCUAUAUGUGGUCCUCCAGCGCACCGCCCCGAUAUUCUCCACCCUACUACCCGCCGUUUGAAAAGCCACCGCCUUACAGUCCUUAAAGAGGGGCACCUGUCAGCUAUUGAGAUUAUUGUGGCUUUUGUAUUUCUGCUUUAGUGGGAGUGUGUAGGGUACAACAUCUCAAGUGUGACUCUUAUGCAUAAAGUUUUACAAUAGCUUGCCAGGCUAGGGCAAGAUAGGGAUGAAAGCUUAUGAUCAGGGAAGGGCAGGAUUGGCUAGGCCAAACCCAGUACUUCCAAGAAGAGAAGUAUUUCUAAUACAGACUGUUCUGGCUAAGAGUUUUGUUUGCUCAU